AUGAAGAAGAAGAUGAAAGGGCACUUCCUCCCUUUCGGCUAUACUCAAACCUUGUUUCAGAGGCUCCAUUCACUAAGGCAAGGCGCAAGAUCAGUCAAUGAUUAUACUGAAGAAUUCUAUCAGUUGGUGGCUCGAAAUGAUUUAUCUGAAACGGAGGAACAGAUGGUAGCACGGUAUUUGGGGGGAUUAAGGCAGCCCCUGCAGGAUGUUCUCAGCCUUCAUUCAUUGUGGACAGUUUCUGAGGCAUAUCAGCGAGCACUUGCAGUAGAGAAACAGCAAAGUAGGAAGCCAGUGAUCAGAGGUGAAGGAAGUCAGCCAGUUCGCCCUCAAGAAUCUCGUCCUGCUUAUCAGCCACAGCGGGAUAGUUCCAACUCAAGUAUUAAGUGCUUUAGGUGUGGUGAACAGGGGCAUAGGGCGACUGAUUCUAGGAAGCCUGCUGGUCAGAAGAAUAAAAAUCUUCUGAUUGAGGAGGAUAUGAUAGAGGAGUUCGAGGAAGUUGGGGAACCCGUGUAUGAUGAGGACGUGCUAUAUGGAGAUGGUCAGGAGACCCAGGUUGUUCGAAAGAGCUUGCUGACUCCCAAGGGCGACUCAGGGGAUGAUUGGUUGAGGACCAACGUUUUCCACACAACCUGCACAGUUGCUGAUAAAGUCAUUGAUAGUGGCAGUUGUGAGAAUGUAGUGUCUGAUGAGGCUAUCGAGAAACUGCAACUGAAGAUGGAUCGUCAUCCCAAACCAUACAAGUUCUCUUGGCUGAAUAAAGGCAGUGAGGUAACGGUAGAAAAACGAUGCUUAGUGUCUUUCUCAAUUGGAAAAAAAUAUUUUGAUAAUGCUUGGUGUGAUGUGGUAUCAAUGGACGCCUGUCAUAUUUUGUUGGGACGACCUUGGCAGUAUGAUCGCAGUGUUAUCAAUAAUGGGCGGAAGAAUACUUAUUCUCUUAGUAUCAAAGGAAAGAGAAUUGUUUUGGUGCCUCGCAGGGAAGGAAACAUCCCUGCCCCAGUAGUUAAAAACCUCAAUCUACUUUCUAUGUCCAGGUUUUUGGUUGAGGUUGGGCGUGAAAAAAUAGUUUAUGCUUUAAUGCCUCGUGAAAAUAGUACAGCGAGUGUGGAUUCAGAAUUUCCAGCAGAAGUACAGCAACUACUGAUGGAGUUUUCUGAUUUGAUGCCAGAGGAUCUUCCUCCAGGACUACCACCUAUGAGGGACAUUCAACAUCAGAUCGACCUCAUUCCGGGGUCGAGUCUACCAAACCGACCAGCAUAUCGCCUCAGUCCCAAGGAAGCUGAAGAGUUGCAGCGAUAG